GGAAUUAUAACAGCCUUCCUCCAAAAUGGCGUUGGCUUCAGCUAAAGCUUUGUUGGAUGAGUUAAUGGGGAGAGAUCGCAAUUUAGCUCCUACAGAAUCGAAAAAAGAUUCGCAAUGGAGUAAAGAUGCAAGUUGGAAUAAUCCAGAGGUGUGCAAGUAUUUUCUUGUGAAGUUUUGCCCAAAUGAGCUGUUUGUUAAUACCAAAGCAGAUCUAGGAAUAUGUAGCAAAAUUCAUGAUGAGAGGAUAAGGAAAGAAUAUGAGCAGAGUGAUCGUUUUCAAAAGAUGGGAUAUGAAGAUGAUUUCAUCAAAUUCUGUCAAGGAAUGCUUUCUGAUGUGGAACGAAGGAUCCAGCGAGCAAGAAAACGAUUAGCUUUGGGGCACCAGGAAGGCGGGGUAGCAUCUAUGCCACUUUCAAAAAAUAGUGAAGAAAAAAUUGUGGUGUUAACUGACCGAAUCAAUGAAUUGCUCAUUCAGGUUGAGGAACUGGGUUGUGAAGGUAAAGUGGAAGAAGCUCAAGGAAUAAUGAAACUAGUAGAUCAACUGAAGGAGGAGAGAGAAACUUUGAGAAAAGGUUCUGAACCUAGUCACUGGUUACAGCAAACUGCUGAAAUAGCUGCUGCUCAAGAGAAACAAAUGGAAGUAUGUGAAGUUUGUGGAGCUUUCCUGAUUGUUGGUGAUGCUCAGCAGCGAGUAGAUGAUCAUUUAAUGGGGAAACAACAUGUUGGAUAUGCUAGACUGAAAUCUGCUGUAGAAGAAAUUUUGCAACAACGAAUAAAAGAAAGAGAAGAUCGAGAAAAUCAAAUAGAAAAAGAACGACUAGAGCGACGUAGAAGACAAGAGGAAGAAGAAAGAAAGCGAGAGAAGGAAAGAGAAGAAAGAAGGAAAACACUUGAAGAAGAAGAAGAACGAAAAUGGAAAGAAAAAGAACGUGAACGAUAUAGGCGCCGUUCACGAAGCCGAGAUCGGGGAAGAAGAAGAAGUAGGAGUCGUGAAAGGCGAAGUAGGAGUCGAGAACGUAGGCAUUCACACAGUAGUAGGGAAAAGUCAAAACAUGAGAGGACUGAUAAAGAAAGGUCAAAACAACGUUCAAGGAGCAGGUCACGAGAAUCUAGACGCUCACGUCGAUCUCACAGUCGCUCUCGGGAGAAAAUGAAUGAAAGCAAACACCGAGACAAAGAAAGCAAAGAUAAGAGAAAAGAAAGGUCUAAAGACUCAGAUUAUCGUAGGAAUAGCAAAGACAGGUGUGAAAGUGGAAGAAGUGGAGGUGAUGAUACAGGUAAGAAUGGAGAUACUGAUAUGCGGGUACAAGACACUGACAUGCGAGUUCCAGAUACAGAUCUCAGAGUCUUAGCUGACACUGAUCUUCGACAUCUAAAAGACAAGGAUGCAGACCAGUGACAAGUAGUGAGUGUUACUUGUACAAAGUGAGACUUAGGUUGGCCAUUCCUGAUCUUGAUGAGAACUUUGGAAGUCUGGAUUUUAUGAAGCUAAGGAUUCUCUUCUGCCAUUAUUGAACAAGACAGUUGUUGUAAAUAGCAAAAUUUAAGGUAUGGAUUGUAUACACCACUCUGUAUUUCACUCAAACUUCCCAUAUUUAAAAAGUGUUCUUUUUGUGUCGUAUAACUUUUUUAUUUGUCAGAGGAAAAAAAAAAUUCAUAAACCAGCUUUAGUUUUCCUUGUUGUAUUGUUUCUGAUUUUGUAAUGGAACAUUCAUAGCUACAUUUUUGUCAACAUUUUGGGGAGUUGUGAAUGCUAUAAUCAUUAAAAACUUUUCAACCUGAU